UUGUCUCUUGGCAAUGGAAAGCGCUGCAACAGAGACAAUUAGUUGACAAAUAAAUUCAGAAAUAACCGUUUCUCCAUCGGUUGGAGGGCCAUAAACAGCUAGAGAGUUACCCAGUAAUUAAGAAGUCGAAAAGGAGAAAAUGGCCCCGACAAAAUCAGUAAGCAAUCAGAAUAAACAUCCGAAUACAGCGGUCGUCAUGAGGAAGGGAAUCACAACGAGAAAUCAGAAAGCUGCGCUGGCCAACAAUCCGGUGGUCGUGAGGAUGCCAACAAUUGUUAAAGACCCGAGGAUUAAAAGAAAAGCUGAGGCCUCACCUCUCAAGGAAAAAACCACUAAACGAUCAGCUUUAGGGAAUAUUACGAAUGCUAUUGGAAAAUCAUUGGGCGUACAAUUACCGGAGGCGAAAAAGAUUGUAAAAAAGUCCCAAAUAGUGCAACCAGUGAAAUCCACAGUAGCUCCAGCUCACAAUCUCAGAAAUGCUGAGAAAGUAGUAAUUAAAACUGACAAUGUGAUACCAGCUAAACCAAAAGUAGCGACACGAGCUAAAGUGGCAAAAAGGACUGAGGAUCAUGUCGACGUGACGAGCAAAGUUCCCAAUGUGAGAAGAAGUCUCGACUUGGAAAAAUCCGAUCAGAGUUCACUGUACGUCAGUGCCCUCGAGGAUGUGCCCGAGGAAGUCUCCAAGAAAAAUGAAAAAAAUCUUAAACUCCUGGAGAAGAAGGAGAAGGAGAAGGAGAAGGCACCAGUAGUUGAGAAAGAGUCGAUUGCAGAGCGUUUGGACGCUCCCCCCACGAGGACGCUGCCGCAAGGAGUAUCGUGGGACUUUGACGUUGAAAAUUGGAGUGACCCUUACCAAGUCUCGCCGUACGCUAUGGAAAUAUUUGAGUAUUUAAAGAGCAGAGAGGAAAUAUUUCCAAUUGGCGAUUACAUGGAGAAACAAGUUUGUUUAUCUCGAUGGAUGAGAUCUUUGCUUGUGGACUGGAUGGUUGAAGUGCAAGAAUCUUUCGAACUCAAUCACGAAACUCUCUAUUUGGCUGUGAAGCUUGUGGACUUGUAUCUGACUAAAGUCACCGUAGGAAAGGAAACGUUGCAGCUUUUGGGCGCUGCCAGUUUAUUCAUUGCUAGUAAAUUUGAUGAAAGGAUACCCCCGAUGAUUGAAGAUUUUUUGUAUAUCUGUGAUGGUGCUUACAACCAACGAGAAUUAAUUAGGAUGGAAAUGAAUGUAUUAAAAAUUGUUGACUUUGACCUCGGGAUUCCACUCUCCUAUCGAUUCUUGAGACGAUAUGCAAGGUGUGCCAAAGUGUCGAUGCCAACUCUGACAUUAGCACGUUAUAUUCUCGAGUACUCAUUAAUGGAUUACUCGACGAUAAUGUACAGUGACAGUAAAAUAGCAGCAGCUGCACUUCUCCUUGCACUUCAAAUGAAGGACCUCGGAGGUUGGACUUCAACAUUAGAGUAUUACACAGGGUACAAAGUUAAUGAGAUCAAGGAAAUAGUCAAUGUGCUCAAUGAGGGACUCCACAGGAAGCCGAAGGAUGCCCUGGCAACUGUUCGCAAUAAAUACAGUCACAAGAUUUUCUUCGAGGUCGCCAAAGUACCGCUCAAGGAUGUGUUAGAUAUAUAGUCGACGUGAAUGUAAGUACUGCUAGCACAAUUAAUUGUCUGAAUUCACGACGAGGAUUAUUAUUACCUCGAAAUGGAUUAUUUUAAAAAAUGGCAGAGUGAGGAACAUCAUCGGUGGGGAAGGGGGUUGACAAGUCUGAAAGUUUAGCAUUUUAUAGCACGAUGAAAAUUGUCUUAUGACGAGUGAAACAUGACAAAAAAUAAUAGCCUGAGCGCUGAUAAAAAAAAACUUAAGUGAGAUAAUUUGAAAUGGCAGAGUGACAACAAAGAAAAAGAUAAGACAGAUUCUGCAUGAUCAGACUCAAAGCUAAUCUCAGAACUUUUGAUUUUAUUUAUGCAUUAUUAUUUUACGUGAGAUAACUGGUAUGCUCAGUAUUUUUAAGUUAUUUUAUUACGAUAUUUUUUUCUCAUUUUCUUUAUUUGUUGAGAAGAACUUUUGAUUCAUACCUACAUAUAAAAAAAAUGAUGUAUUUUAUAGAUUUUUUUUUCAUUUUCGUCAUUUUUCAUCAGUUCAUAAUAUUUACUCACCUGUCCUUACCUCAUUAAAUAUAGGUGAAUGUGAGAAAAUGUCUUUUCGUAGAGACUGAUGCCUUGUGGUAACAAUACGACAAAUCAGUUGAGAGAUUCCGAGAGAAGAGGCUAAUGUGACAUUCAAAAUCUCAUUGGAAAUCUCAAUUCAUUUAUGAAAAUAAAUUUAGUCAUUUUUUAUAAUCGUUUCUGAAAUACUUGGGUACAUAUAUCAUGUGAGAAUGACUUCCUCUAUGAUGUAAGAAUGAGUACAAAGAAUAAUAGAGCAUCGAAAUUAAAGAACAGGAGAAUUGUUUUUAGAUAACGGAUUAUUUUAAAAAGAAAUGAACAUACUGAUGAGAUUUUGAUACACUAUCUUUAAGAAAAUCUGAAUAAAAUGGUUGUUUACGUGAAUGAAGAAAGAUGAUUAUUUCCUCGUGACAAUUUUUUCCUCUCUCAAGACUAGCGAUAUGGGGAGUAUAUCUAGAAAUGAGAAGCACAAUUUUGUGUAAUUUAAUAUAUUUUCCUAUAUUAUCCUCAUAAUGUAGCGUAACAUUUUUCUUUUCUUCCAAUUUCUAUUGUAUAUAUUAGUAAUGGUAGUGUUUUAUUAAAUAAUAAUCGAGAAUAAUAAUAAUAAUAAUAACUAUAGCACCAUAAACCCUCAUCGAUUCCAUAGCUUUGCUUUCCAAAUGAAUAACACAAUGGUCCACCCCGGGAGCCGAAUGACCGGUGGAAAACAUUGAUUCUAAUGACAAUAAGCAUACAUCUAUUCACCUAUACGAUAAUGAAUUUUUUUUUUUAUAAAUUUCCAUGAAUUUUCCAGAAAUUGUAGAAAUCACGUUUAACACCUGGUACUUUAAUUUGUUUGAAUUUUUCAAUUAAUUUUCAACAUGCAAUGUUCAAUGGGGAAAUAAAUUGUCAACAUCUUGUUUGAA